AUGGAUGCUAGAGAUUCAAAUUCAGUAACCGAUGAGGAGUCCGUGGAGAUUAUAAUGGGAACAGAACGAAAUCUUGGAAGCGAAAGUAUAGACAAUACAAAUUCGAGUUCUACAAAGAAAAAGGCUAGAACAAUCAAUUUAGUCCAAGAUGGACUUAAAGAAAUUGAUUCUUCGGUGGUAAAAAUUCGUGAAUGCAUCAAGUAUGUAAAGGGUUCUGAGGCUAGGAAACUAAAGUUUCAAGAAUGUGUUAAGCAAGUAGGGAUAAUUGAUAGUAAAAGAGGGUUGAGUGAUUCAAAUUUUGAAAGUUGUCCUACUUCUGAAGAGUGGGAUAAAGUGGUAAAGAUUUCGAAGUUUUUGGGGUACUUUUAUGAUGUUACAUGCUUAUUCUCUGGGACAAAGUACCCCACAUCAAAUUUAUUCUUCCCUAAAGUGUUCGUAAUUCAGCUUCAAAUUAAGGCAGCCAUUGAUGAUUGUGAUAGUUUCAUGAAUAAGAUGGGGGAUUAUAUGCACAUGAAGUUUCAAAAGUAUUGGUCAAACUACAGUUUGAUUAUGUCAAUUGCAAUCAUCUUGGAUCUUCGUUAUAAGCUACAUUUUGUGGAUUGGGCUUACACAAAGCUUCAUGGCGUGAAUUCUAUGGAAUAUAAAAAUGUUCAUGGCACAUUGAUUGCUCUCUUUAAUGUGUACUCAGAAAUAUCUGCUCAUCUUAAUUAUUCAAAUAUUCCAAUGAACUCAAUGCCUAAUCAUCAAACAGAAGGUGGAGAAGGAGAUGCUCUCUUUGAGGAUUUUGAUAAUAAUUACAAUGGUCCAAACUCGGUUAAAAAAGGUGAAUUACAGAAGUAUUUGGAUGAUAAAAUAGUAGAUAGAAGACAAGAUAUAGAUGUUCUUUCUUGGUGGCAAAUGGAGCGUUUUCAUUAUCCAAUACUUUCUCAGUUAGCACGAGAUGUGCUAACAAUUCCUAUUUCAACUGUUGCUUCAGAAUCUGCUUUUAGUAUUGGGGGUAAAGUGCUAGAUCAAUAUCGUACUUUAUUGUUGCCAGACACGAUUCAAGCUUUGCUGUGUACACGAGAUUGGCUUUUUGGAAAAGGAGUUUAUGCGGAAGAGAGUGCUAAUGUGGAAAGCCUCAAUGAAAGCAUCUUCAAUAUAACUCUUGAAGAUAAUAUAUCAAGCCAAAAUUCCAAUACUUUUUCCCACGGUGAUUGA